AUGGCAACGACGCCGGCACCGCAGACCGCAUCGCGGGUCGCCUCCGGCCGGCUCGUAUUUGGCAAGCCAACUGAUGAUGGCAAGGUAAAAGGUGGAAUAUUGCGUGGUGUGAGGAGCUUUGGCAAUAGCGGCGCUGGUGCCGGCGGUGCGUGCGGUAGGCGUGUCGCGGUGGAAGCUGUCAAUGGCGCUGUCAGGCCGAACGGCGCAGCGGCGGUGGCCGACGUCCGGCAAGUGCCCGCGCCGCCACCGGCGUCCGUGGAAGGCGACGACGGCUAUGCCUUCCGGCUAGGUAAGUUUGUGGAAGGGAGGCUUGUGUACAGACAGCAAUUUGUGAUCAGAUCCUACGAGAUCGGGCCUGACCGGACUGCCACCAUGGAGACCCUCAUGAACCUCCUGCAGGAGACAGCACUGAACCAUGUGAUGUGCUCCGGGCUCGCUGGGGACGGUUUCGGUGCGACGCGGCAGAUGAGCCUCAGGAAGCUCAUCUGGGUCGUCACAAGAAUCAACAUCCAGGUCGACAAGUACAGCAGAUGGGGAGAUGUUGUGGAGAUAGACACCUGGGUGGCGUCGUCAGGGAAGAACGGCAUGCGCAGGGACUGGAUCAUCCGCGACCGCAACACCAAGAACAUGAUUGCAAGAGCCACAAGCAACUGGGUGAUGAUGAACAGAGAGACCCGGAGGCUGUCUAAAAUCCCCGACGAGGUCAGGCAGGAGGUGCUUCCCUUCUACCUGGACAGGAGCAUCAUCGCCGCCGAUGCCACCGGCGGCGGUCACAAGAUCGAAAAGCUCACCGACUCGACGGCGGAGCACAUGAGAUCAGGACUAGCACCCAGGUGGAGCGACAUGGAUGUGAACCAGCACGUGAACAACGUCAAGUACAUCGGUUGGAUCCUCGAGAGCGUGCCGCUGGACGUGCUGGAAGACUACCACCUGACGAGCAUCACGCUGGACUACCGCCGGGAGUGCCGUCAGUCGCAGCUGCUCGAGUCGCUCACCAGCACGACCUCGUCAGCGCCUGCUGAGCAGCCGCCACCGCCGCCGUUGCCGUCGAGCCUGUGCAGCUCCGACCUGCACAGCACGCACCUGAUACGGCAGCAGGAUGACAAAGCCGAGAUAGUCAGGGCUUGUGCGGAAUGGCGUCGCAAGGAUCAUCGAGGGUCGAUGGAACAGCUCUGA